AUCACUCGCGCUUGAGAUUUACGCCAGCUGCUUGCCCGGGUGCAGCGUACAGAGUGAUCUACACGCUCGGCGGUGUGCACCGCCGGGCUCCGCCAUCACGGCAAGGGGAAAGGCGAGGCGAACGGCAGCACCGCCUCCAGCCGGAGACGACGGCGGCGGCUCGCCGUCGGCCGACCUCCUACCCUCCUCGUGUCUGCUAGUGUACCGAGGUGCUUGUACGGCGUGGUUGUCUCGUCGCGAGACGACAACGUCCCGGCGUCGCGCCCGAGUAGCGGAGCCCCCUAGGCAUCCGCAUUGAAGCAUCACCGUCGCGAAGUGUGGGGCCGGGCGCGGCGAAGUGCGCGUACUUACAUCUCCUAGCCGAGGGGCCACCUAGCCCUGGGGCCGCCGUGGCCUCGCAGCAGCGCCGAGGAUAUGCGCUUCGAGCACUCGGACCUAUCGUGCCAGAGCGCCAUGGCGUUCCAUCCCUUCUUCCUGCCCGGUGCUCCCGGGGGACCGCCGGCCGCGGCUCCAGGGUCGUCGGCGGCACCCGCGACCAGAAACACGGACUUCAGCAUGCACUCCAUCCUGAGCCAGCCGGCGACGGCACCACCGACCACGGGUCCCUUCCUACCGCUGGAGUGUUUUUCCACCGGACCCCCUCCGCCUCCCGUCCCACCUCCUCCUCCGCAUCACCUGUUUGCGGGACUCGGUCCAGGUCUGAGCCACGGGCUGAGUACCGCCGCCGCGGCACUGGCGGCUUCUGGUCUGGCGCCUCCUCCGGGACUCGCAAUGCCCAGGGUACCGGGCGCCGCCAUGACGCCCGAGGAGAUGCUCACGGUGCAGUUCAGGCCCCCGCUAUUGAGACCCGUCGAACCCGAAGACGACGGCGUCCGCGACGACCCCAAGGUGACCCUUGAGGGUAUGGAACUGUGGCAGAAGUUUCAUGCCUGCGGAACAGAGAUGGUCGUUACCAAGUCCGGAAGGAGGAUGUUCCCCGCCUACAAGGUCCGAGUGUCCGGCUUGGACAAGAAGGCCAAGUACAUCAUGCUCAUGGACAUCGUGGCCGCGGACGACUGCCGGUACAAGUUCCAGAACCGGAGGUGGGUUGUGGCCGGCAAGGCUGACCCCGAGAUGCCCAAGCGGAUGUACAUACACCCGGACUCUCCAGCGACGGGUGAACAGUGGAUGCAGAAGGUGGUCUCCUUCCACAAACUCAAGCUCACCAACAACAUCUCCGACAAGCACGGCUUUACCAUCCUGAACUCGAUGCACAAGUACCAGCCACGUUUCCACCUCGUUCGGGCCAAUGACAUCCUCAAGUUGCCAUACAGCACGUUCAGGACGUUCGCGUUCAAGGAGACGGGAUUCAUCGCAGUCACGGCAUACCAAAACGAAAAGAUUACGCAACUGAAGAUCGACAACAACCCGUUCGCCAAGGGCUUCAGAGACACCGGGGCUGGAAGGAGGGAGAAAAAAAGGCUGGGCGAGUCGUCGUCGCACCCGCUGGGCGGCGACCCCCUGGCACGGUCGCUGCAGGACGGCGACUCGAGCGACGACGACGAGCAGCUGGACGUCGGGGGCGCCGACGACCUCAGGGGCCUCAACGGUUCCUGUCCGCCGACGCAUGACCACGACGCGGUCCAAGAGCGGAGCGGCGGCAGGCACGAUGACGGCGCCAACGGCGACCGGAGAUGCUCUCCGAGUCCCAACAACCUCGCCGCCGCGGCAGCCGCGGCGGCUGCUGAAAUGUCCCUACACAGCCUUCAGGGCCUCAGCCUGGCUGCAGCGCAUCCCCAGGCUGCCGCCCUGUUUCCCUACUUCUAUCCCACGGCGUCAUUUUACCACCCGUCUAUGGGUCUGCCACCCGCAGCCAUGUUCCUGCCACGGGGCGGUCAACCAACGUCGUCCCUGGUCGGCGGCCCUCAUCCGGCAAGCCUUCCGCUCCUAAUGGCCGCCAGCCAGCACUUCUUCAACGGCCAGAAUCACCACUUGGGACAACCGCAACAGCCACAGCAGCAGCAACCACUUGCGGGCAGUGGUUCUCUCAUCCCUGGCGACUCCGUAGGGUCCAGGUUCCUGAAACAGGCCGCAGGUCCCCAGCAGGGCCGCUUCGCCCCGUAUCCCGUUCCCGUGGCAUCUUCGCCGUCCUCAGCUUCUUCUUCGUCGGGGCCCCAGCAGCACAUCGUGGCGCCCACUCCGACGUAUCCGGACUCUGUUCUUCAGGAGGCAUCCACAACGACGGCGACCAGGACUCUGUACGGCCCUCCUCCCGCAGGUGUUGUGCUGGACAAGUGCCUCAGUUCACCUUCCUCCGAGACAGGCGGCAACAGCUCGGACAACUCGCUCGCCUCGUCGUCCAUGGUGUCGAGCGAACUCAAGAACAUGGAGAACAUGGUGAACGGACUCGAGAGGCGCCAGGAACAGUUGGCCAUGCUCUCACUCUCCAGGCUGAGUGACAAGUAGAGCACUGUGCAGGCGUUAAUGAUGUGCUUCUCUCUCUCCUCCUCGUAUUAUACGUGUACAAAGGUUUUGCGUCGCUGUGUGCGUUCAGACGGUGGUGAACGUGGGUCACCUUCGACGGACUGUGGUGAGACGCCCUGUGACCAUUUUGUGACCAAACGCGGUGAAAGAGAGAUGGAGGGAGAAUAAUUUUGUGCAAUCUGUGUGUGCCAUCGUAGUGAGCGGAAAACAGUCAGUGAAGGAGCAGCGCAGUCAUGGAUAACAUGAACGAGACAACGAAGGGGAGCCGUUGAAAGACUGGCUCUCAACGCUACGCAGCCGGGUGAAGCUCCUGUCCAGGUCUUUGCAUGUCUACUCUGUGUACGCCCUACACAACAACUUUGCAAGAACCAUACGCAGAGAAGCUGAGCUAGGCGUUAGUGGUGUAGUACUGUAUAAAAACAAAUUCUGUGGCUGUCAGGUCAUGCGUAGCCUUUCUUCUUUUUUUUUAUCUUUUCCCAGGUGAAUUUACGCUGCUUUGGUGUUGUACAUAUGUAGAGUUUCGAUUUUUAAAA